GACGUCUGUCUUCGGGUCGCAGCAGCGUUGGUGGUCUUGAUCACCCGGGAGCGAAUUAAAAAUGGGUGACGUUGAGAAAGGGAAGAAGAUUUUUGUUCAGAAGUGUGCCCAGUGCCACACUUCUGUGGAAAAGGGAGGCAAGCAUAAGACUGGACCAAACCUCCACGGUCUGUUUGGGAGGAAGACAGGUCAGGCGGCUGGAUUCUCGUACACAGAUGCCAACAAGAACAAAGGCAUCACCUGGGGAGAGGACACCCUGAUGGAGUAUUUGGAGAAUCCCAAAAAGUACAUCCCUGGAACAAAAAUGAUCUUCGCUGGAAUUAAGAAGAAGGGAGAGAGGGCGGACCUAAUAGCUUAUCUUAAAAAGGCUACUAAGGAGUAACUCCACUGCCUUAUUUAUUACAAAACACAUGUCUCAUGACUUUUAAUGUGUACCGUAAUUUAAUUCAUACCCCACAAUUCAGAUCAUGAACGGCUAACAAUGCUUUGUUGGACAGUCCUGAUUAAGGAAAACUGACUUGUAGAAAAGUGGAUAUGAUCUUUAUUAAAAGUAACGAUUCCAGUUGCAUAAACACUGUCACUGCUCUCCCUUUCUCAAGAUAAGAUUGGACUUAAUUAUUAAAGUUCUACU